GGAGGUUUUGUGACUUUGUGGUGUUUUCCUCCUGCAGGCUGUCCUGUCGUCUCACUCCUCCCCUGUUUGAUCCACAUGGACUCGGCCAUCUCCCACCACAACAAGCUGCAGACUGCUCACACCUCUCAGGACAACGACCCCAAACACACAGCCAAAGUCAUUAGGAACUAUCUUCAGUGUAAAGAAGAACAAGAAGUACUGGAAGUGAUGGUACGGCCCCCACAGAGCUCUGAUCUUAACAUCAUCGAAUGUGUCUGGGAUUACAUGAAGAGACAGAAGGGGUUGAGGAAGCCUGUAUCCACAGAAAAUCUGUGUUUAAGGACCCGCUGCCUUGAUCUUCUGGGCUUCCAGCAGUUUAUGGAAGACAGUGAAAUGACCUCUGACCUGAUGGACGAGGGAAAGGAGCUGAACCGCCAGGAAAGUCAUCUGCUGGGAGAAGAAACAACAGUGAAACGGGAAGUACAAAGAAGCUGCUCAUCACUGGAUAUUCUGCUUAAGAUUGAAGAUUGAACAUCUGCCUCCCAGCAGCUCCAACCACAUCAUCAGGUUCGCUCAUCAGCAACGACGACGAGUCGGCGUACAGAGAUGAGUUUGAGCAGCUGGCGUUCUGGUGCAGCGAGACCACCAACACCACCUCCAUCACCAAAAUAGCCUAGCAGCGCCUCCACUUCCUGAGACGCCUGAAGCGGGCCAGCCUUCCUCUUCCCAUCCUCACCGUGUUCUACAGGAGCACCAUAGAGAGUGUUCUGAC